GAGUGAUGCUACGCUAGACGAAGAAAUGAAGAAAGUGAGCCUUAUUGAGGGAAACAAGGAAAACAAAAAGGUUAGAAGUGACAAUGAAGAAAAAUAUACUAAGAGGAAGGAAUUGCUAAAGUCACCUGACAAAGGAUCAAAGAAGAUGAAGAAGGAAUCAAAAGAGAUAUACAGUGAGGAAUAUGGGGAUCCUGUAGAAAGGUUAUUGACUUUAGUUGGAAUAAAUCAAUGCAUGCAAGAAAGGAAAAGAAGGUGCAAUCCACUCGGAUUCAACGCACCUAAGUUAAAUGAUAUGAACAUGGUGUACGAAUCGCAACCAGAUGACGUAUACUUACCUACGAGAGAGAAACGAGAAGCCAUCAAGAGGAAUAACAAUGAAGGAAGCAAUGUUCAGCUAAAUGAUGCGAUUACAUAUGUACCACCAAGAAAGAAGCUGCCGAAACCACCUGACGAAAGUUCGAGAGUAAGAAAAGAACAAAAGAAGAGGGAAAAAGGAGUGUUGGAGAAGGUGAAGGCAGAUGAAAGGAACGGUUACAUUACAGAUGCACUGCUUGAUAAGUCCAACCUCUUUACGUUGUCCCAGCAUGCCGCUUUAAAUAUAUCAAUAUCGGAAGACAUCAUCACAUCAAUAGAAGAAUCGACAACGAUGACGAGUAUAAAGAAAUCCCAACCAGACGACGCGAACAACACAUACUUACCGCCGAAGCUGCAUGAUGAAGAUACAGAUCAGAGGGCAACAAAGGAUAUCGACGAUAGUAAAAGGGCAGAAGAGAAAAAAGGUUGCAUCACGAAUGAGCUAGUUAUCAAACCU